AUGGCAGAUCAGGCCAAGGACGCGUCUUCGGGCGCUCAAGAGAAGGCACAGGAGGCUACGAAAGGCACGCCGCUGUCAGGUGCACAUGAGAAGGUCAAGACCACAACAGACAGUAUCCUGGGUGGUUUGGAAAGCUAUGGCAGCAAGAUCAGCAGCAAGGUGAAAGGCAUGGUUGACUAUGUCUUCCCUCCAGAUAAAAGAGCAUCGUUCCUGUCAAAGCUACAGGCUUUCAUGCUUGCCAACCCGAAGCUAUCUGCCUUCCUCGGCAUGAACCUCGCUCUGACCGGCGUUCCACUUGGCCUCUUCGUACUCUUCAGCUUGACCGUCUUCAUCUUCGCCCUCGUAGUCGCCCUGGUGAUUGCCCUUCUCGUCGCUGUGCUAUUCACGCUCUUCGCUGUCGGUAUCGCACUGUUGUUCGUCUUCCCCGCUGUCCUCUUCACCACCGGAACAGCCUGCUUCCUCUUCCUCUGGGGUCUAGGAGGCUACUACAUCCUACGCUGGGCCAACGGCGACAAGGAAGGGCCGUCAAAGCAAGCGCCAGAGGGCCAAUCGAUCGGCGACUCGCUCAACAGGAUCAGUGGUGGUAGGCUGGACGGUUUCAUGCAGAAUGCACGAUCACAGAAUGCAAAGAACAACGAGACGGGGAAGAAUGACCGACCAACGAAGCAGCAGAACAACACUCAGACGAAAGAGCAUAGCACGUCGGAAAAGCAGGAUGAAUUUGCGGCUGGUCAUCACGCGAAGAGUGCAGCCAACGACUCCGCCAAACACGUGGGCACGGCAACAAAUCAAGCGACAGAUGCAGUCUCCGGUGCCACGAAACCUGCUGCCAAUGCCUCAAAUACAGCAGGCACCAUCAAAGGUGGCUUAAGCGGUGCCUCAGGACUGGGAGUGUAA